AUGUCGUCGUCGCCGUCCUCGGAUGCGUCCUCCAGCUCGGACGAGGGAGCGCCAUGGAGCGCUACGGACGACGAGAGGCAGGAGUCCGACCCUGCGGCGGCCGACGCACCGUACUUCGACGUGGAGGAGCUAGACGAGGAGGAGCAGAACCUGCUGGUGUUCAUGUGUUUCUGCUCCUUCCUAGACUGGCAGGACCGCUUCCUGGACGCGUACAAGGAGGUGCUCGUAAACCGAGGUGUUGAGACCCGUUCGACCGCUCCUUCCGAGAGCUACGCGCUGUACACGUCGCUGCGGGAGACUGUGUUGCGCCAGCGCGGCUUUUUGAAGGGAGAGGGGGAGAACACCGAGGACGGCGCCAUCAGCGACGACGAAUCGGUUGUGGAGGAGUCAUCGGUUUUCAGGACAUGGAUGAGAGCCUACCGGCUGGAGUUCUACUUGAAGAUCAUGAUGCUGAUUUUCCUGCUCAAGCUACCCGCAACGUGCUAUCUGGUGGUUACAGGGUUGUACGUGGUCUACAUUUUCACAAGUAACAGGUUGGCCAGCGUGAUGCAGUGGCCCAUAUUCAACGGGCGGCUUUCCACGCAGGUCAGGGGGAUAACAGGGCGCAUAUAUCGCACUACUCGUCGCCUUUUGCCGUUCGUCAAUCGCACAGACUCCCCGCGCCCCGCUGCCACUACCAGCACUAGCACAACGGCUGCCUCCCGUAGGGAUGACCCCGUCUCCACGCCGUCACCCCAGCCUUCGAGCGCGGAACUGGUACCUACUGAGACCCGAAGCACGACCACACGCCGACGAGGACCGUCGUAUCUUACGAAAGUGUGCUACCAGUUGGUGGCGGCUUACGUGCUAAGCCUCAUGCCCUGGUGGGAACCAAACCCGCGGUACCUCCAGGAGAGUGAUUAG